GUGGAUAAAACACACCGCCGCAUCCUGAUCGCUUUGUUUUUGGCUGUUGAGACUGGAUUGUAUUACACGCUGUGCAUCAAGUUGCGGACGUAAUGCCUGUUUGUUGUCAUGUCAACCGCCAAGCACGAAGAAGAAGAAGUCCUGCUUGUCGGGCAUGUCACUCACAUUAUUGAUGCCAUCAUGGAAGCACCUGCUGCAGGCUCUGCUGCUAACGUUACCACUCCGGUAGCAGAUGACGAGCAUCUCGACUACAGUGGCGAACUUGGUGAACUCGAUAAUGUUACACACCCGUGGCCGUAUUUGCAGGAUUUUUUUUCGUACAUUGGAGUGAAAAAUUCUUCCUACCGGAUUAAGUGCCUGUUAUGCCUACCGAGAGUCACUGAAAUAUUGGCAUUCAAAAACUCCCCGUCCAACCUGAAGAAGCACAUCGAGAGAAAGCAUGUAGGCCACCUCAAAAAAUAUGAAGAGCUGACAUCAAGAAAGAGAAAAAGGGCUCCUGAGACUCUUCCCACCACCUCCACCAUUAGGCAGACCACACUGGUGAACACCAGGACUGUGUCUCAGAGGUCCAUUGACAAAGCUAUCCUGAAGUAUGUGGUCCAAGGGCUCCAGCCAUUCCAUGUUGUUGAACAACAACCAUUUCGAGAUUUUGUGAAGGAACUGCAGCCGAAUGCAAAAAUGAUAUCACGGCUGACCCUGUGCUCCAUGAUUGAUAAUGCCUCUAUGGGAAUGAAGAAGGCGGUGACUGAGGCCAUGAGGGGAGUCGACCAUAUCGCCACCACUACUGACUGCUGGUCUGCAAGAAGACAGAGCUUUAUUGGCAUUACUGGCCAUUGGAUUGACCCCAACAGUCUCAAAAGAUGCUCAGCAGCCCUAGCCUGUAAACAACUGAGAGGUUCGCACACAUUUGAUGUGUUGGCAAGCGCCCUGAAUGACAUCCACUCCGAGUUUGAAAUUCGGGGGAAGAUUGUGCGAACAACAACCGACAACAGCUCCAACUUCAUAAAAGCAUUCCAAGUUUUUGGUGAAGAUGAGAACAACAAUGCAGUGGGAAGUGAUGGUGAUCCUGGUAAUGCAUCUCAACCAGGAGAGGAUGAAGAGGAUCAAGAGGGGUGUGAAGAAGUGGAGUUUGUUGAUGUGUCAGCGCUCCUGAAUGAAGAUGACGGUUUAGAGUUCCAGCUCCCACAGCACCAGCGCUGUGCUUGUCACCUACUCAACCUAAUAGCUACAGUUGAUGCUAUGAAGGCAACAUCCAAUGAGGCGUACAAGAAAGUGUACCGUUCAACAUUUGGCAAGUGUAAUGCACUUCGGAACAAAUGUGGAAGAUCCACCCUUGCAGCAGAAACUGUUGAAGAUGUUUGCUCCUUCCAGCUGCUGCGUCCAAAUGCUACAAGGUGGAACUCUAAGGGUUCUAACAGCCUCCUGAACACACACCUGAUGAGAGCUGAGGAUGACGGACACAGAGUAACAGAGUUCAAGGCAAAGGUUCGGCAGUCCUUAAGUGACCGCAUGGAGGUUGACGCUGAUGAGUUGGUGGCCAAACCUGCGCUGAUCGCCUCUUUCCUGGAUCCUCGCCAUUAA